AUGCGAGAGUUCCUGCAUAAGUCCAAGGCAAGUGGACUCCAAGCAGGCAGCAUGGAGCCAGUGGUUUUGCCGAGACGAAGCUCAUGAGGCUAGUGUUGGACAUCGAGACGAGUCAUCAACAUCACCGAGUUGUUGGUAGCAUGGGUGGCGGACGUAUUUUUGGACAGUAGAACAAACGAGACCCGUUCGAUACAAUAAGGUACAAGCUCGCAUUGCGCGGGCGUCAAGACGCCGAAAACAGGCGAACAAGAUCGACCUCGAACCAGUCAACGCCAAUGAUAUGGGGAUGGAGUGUAGAUGCAUCGUAGAACGCGUUUUCGUUUGAAGUUGGCGUCUUGUUAGAGAGUAGAUGUGACAGAUUUGCGUAGAAUAGGGUAAGAUGUUAUCAUGAACGGAGAAGAAAGGGCUUUUCCAACACGGAGAUGUAGCAUGGAUCAACGCAUUUGUUGGAUUUCAGCUUUUACAAGAGGACAUCGACGCAGUAGUAUUUUAGCAAGCUUACGAACGCAUAUAGGAUGCCAUGAGGAUU